AAUUUGUGUCAUACCCGCAGGUGCGACACUGUGAUAUAUAACUGUUCCGCCAUUUCAAAAACUACGUGGAGUGUUGCCAACUACCUGUUAUCAGUUUGAUCGUUGUAUGGCUUGGAGCAAAAUGGGGCUCUGUGUUAUCAACGCUUUAGUCUUGAUGAUGACUUUCAUACCUCGAGGAGGCUUUGCUCAGCUACAACUUAAUCCAAACCCAUUGCGACUCACUAAUGGAGCUACAAGUGGUUCUGUUCAGAUUUCCUGUGGAAUUCCUAGUGGUGUUACUAACUCAGGAGUAUAUAGUCUUACUAUCUCACGUUACUUGAAAUCAGCGCCCACAAAUCUGCAGAAUCUGGCAAAAGCAUCUCUUUUAACAAAUCAAGGACAAGCAGCCCUUGAAACUGGCAGUGGUCUCACUCAGAACACAGCGACAGUGUCUGGCAGUAUCACUCAGAAGUCAAUGACACUGACACUGACACAGGCAAAGUGUGAAGAUGUCGGUUCAUAUGGCUGCGUAAUUACUUACGUUGGAUCUACUGGUGAUGAACGUAUAGAGGGCCAUGAAAAUUUUACUGUCAUAGUUCCUCCUGGAAACAUAACCAUGACUGCAGAUCCACAAAUUCAAGUUGGAAAUUACUUAGUGGGCCAACCUUUGACACUUAGCUGCAAUUGCAUGAUUGGAACAUAUGACUCAGCUGAAGGGGAAACUUGGCGGUGGUCAUGGCAAUAUCAGGAUUAUGGUGGCUACAAUUGGACGCCCUAUCCAAAUGACAAAGAUAUCACCAAUGAGCCACCUGUUAAAGUAACAAGUUCAUGUCAGUACCAUCAGAUCAGCAGACUUACAGUAAACCUGACUAUUGACGACUCUCAGCGAACAUAUAGGUGUGUUGUACAAGGAACCAAUAAUCAAGGCUCUUCUAACGCUGAGUAUCUUCUGGGAGUUGUUGCUGAAACAGAUUUGACAACUCUAGGAACAGGUGCUAACAGUUGUGGCUGUGCUUCAUCAACAAAGAGCAUUGCACCAACCCAAGCUUCAUCAACUGAGAGUUCAGUACAUUCUCUUCGCAUGCCUCGCUUCAACAUCCAGUCUUGCUCAACGGUCUAUCUUGCUACACCGUAACCACUAGGGCUGUCUCCCCUAGACAACACAUCUACCCUUGUACCCCAUAAACACCUCCACGGCACAUACUGCCCCCCACACCCUCUUGCAAAAGGGGUCUCAGGGUUGUCAACAAGCCACCCUAGACAGGCCUGACGAGAGGGGGGAACAGGGGGUCUGGUGUACCCGGGCCCGCGGCUGUCAA